AUGAAAAAGGACAGAUUACCGGCUAAUACACUCAGUUUGGCUCUAACAACCAGUAAUCCUUAUAAGAGCCGGUUAUCCCAGCUCAUUAACCUUAUCACCCUCCAUAAACACCCCGUCAUCAACUCCUCUGUAAAAAACCCCUUCUUACCCUCCAUCAAAGCCAAACGUUACCUGAGAAGAAUCAAAGUGAUAAUGGAGACAGUAUAUGACUUCGAUACCUUUGACGUGGAAUUGGAUGAGUUUUUCAAACACAAAGAAAGAAGUCAAUGCAAAGAUGAGUUCCUAAAUACUCUCACAGACGAAUCGCUUGACGAAUGCACCAUACUUGAGAUAAACCUAAAUGAUUUUGAAGGAAUGUCGGAAGAUGAAGCACCGCAGGAAAAGCAGAGUGAUAGUGAGGGUGACGAUGAAGACAAAUUUCAGUUUCAAUACUCAACCCAUGAACCGAAGGUGAAAUGGAAUAAUAUGAAGCCAGUUCUUGGAGAGAGGUAUGAAUCACCACACCAACUAAAGCUUUGUUUGACAAAUUACUCUAUAAGUAGGGGUUAUCCAAUUAGGUUCAAGAAAUGUGAUAGUGUAAGGCUCGUGGCUGUAUGUGCAAGUGACCCUGAGAAAUUUCAAUGUCCCUUUCCUGUAAGGGCCUCAUGGAUGAGCACUGAAAGAACAUUCCAAAUCAAAAAAAUGGUUGACCAACAUACCUGUGUUAGGAAUUUCCGUAGUGCUAAUCUUAUGGAUCCCACAUGGAUAGCUAGGCAGUUUCAGAAGGAGAUGAUUAGGAAACCAAAUCUGAAAUGUAAGGAAAUGCAAGCUAUUAUUCAAAGCAGGUUCCAUUGCAAGGUUUCAUGGUCAAAAUGUUAUAGAGCAAAGUGUAGGGCAAUUUCUUUAAUAGAUGGAAAGUUGGCUGAUCACUAUGCAGAAGUUCGGGAUUAUGGACAUGAAUUGAUGAGGUCUAAUCCAGGGAGUACAGUUCAAAUAUCUGUCACUGUAAACCCUGAUAACACUACUACUUUCCAUAGAAUGUAUACAUGUUUUAAGGCUAUCAAAGAAGGAUGGAAAGUUAGUUGUCGAAGAGUUAUAGGGCUUGGUGGGAGUUUUUUGAAAGGACAAUGUAGAGGUGAGCUGCUAACUGCCAUAGGGAGGGAUGCAAAUAACCAUGUGUAUCCCAUUGCUUGGGCAGUAGUUGAAAUUGAGAACAAGCCCAACUGGCAAUGGUUCUUGGAACUAUUACAUGAUGACCUGGAAUUACAAGGAGGCUUGGAUUUGUGUGUUAUUUCUAAUCAACACAAGGGUCUUUUGGAAGCUGUAAAGGUUGUAUUGCCACGUGUGGAGCACAGACAAUGUGCAAGACAUGUGUAUGCAAAUUUCAGAAAGGUCUUUAGUGGUAUAGAGUUCAAGAAUAUGUUUUGGACAGUUGCCAAGUCAACUGUUGAAGGAGACUUCAAAUUGAAUAUGGAGAAGAUCAAAGAAGUCAAUCCUGCUGCUUAUGAUCAUUUGAUGGCAAGGGAGCCUAAAUCUUGGUGCAGGGCAUUUUUUAAAGGUGGAAUGGCAUGUGAGGCUGUUGAAAAUGGAAUGGCAGAGUGUUUUAAUGCAAUCAUACUUGAUGCCAGAAAGAAGCCUUUGUUGGCCAUGCCUGAGGAGAUUAGACUGUAUAUGAUGGAAAGGUUAUUUAACUUGAAGCAAGAAGCACGUAAAUGGGUGAAUAAUGUGUGUCCAGGAGCUAUUAAGAAAAUGGAUGAGUUUGCUUUUGAUAUCAAGACUUGGUAUGUUCAUCCUAGUGGUUUGAAUGCUUUUGAAGUGAGAAAUGGCUUCCACUCAUAUGGAGUGAACUUAGAGGGGAUGUACUGUACAUGCAGACUUUGGGAGUUAUCUGGGAUCCCCUGUGUCCAUGCACAAGCAACCAUAAUUUACACACAACAGGAUCCAGCUAGAUUCAUCAGCACAUGGUUUGGUAAGGAUAAGUUCUUAAGUGCUUAUGAGUCUAACAUCCUUCCUGUUAAUGGCAGUAAUAUGUGGGAACCAACACCUUACACCAAACCACUACCACCUAUUGAAAGAAGGAUUCCAGGAAGGCCUUGUAUGAAAAGGAAAAGGCAUGUGUCUAAGCAUCUAGAUAGACUUGGGAGAGGUGGUGGAAAAGGUGGUAGAAGAGGUGGAAGAGGUGGUGGAAGAGGUGGUAGAAGAUGGGGUAGAAGUGGUGGAAGAGGGUCUACUAGUGUUUGUGAAGAAGGUGAAAGUUCUGGGAAAAAAGAACCUGGGAUUGAGACUCAAUUUUUCACCCAAACAACACCUAAUGUUGAGAGUCAAUUUGUCACCCAAACAGCACCUACUGUUGACAGUGAACAUGUAUCAGAAACACAGGAAGCUGAUGUUAACAUUGAUGAUGAAGGUGAUGGUAUUGAUAUGUCUGACCUAGAUCAAAUACUGAGUGAUUUGAGUUACCUUAGAGAGUCAAAAUACAGUGAAGCAGAGAUUCUUAUGUGUCUUAAUAUCACCCAAUCACAACUGAAAGGAUUUGAUGCUUUGAUUCACCAAUCCAAACAAGUUGCAAAGGAAACACAUGAGGACAAUGGUGAAGAUGUACCAGAAACACAGGAGGACAAUGGUGAAGAUGAAGCUGAAGAAUCACAGGAGGACAAUGAUGAAGAUGGAGCUGAAGAAUCACAGGAGGAGGGUGUUGAUGAUACUCAAGUUAGGGUUAGAACUCAAGUCAGGGUUAGAACAAGAAAAACUUCUGAAAGGAUCACUAAAAACAUGUUGAAGAAAACUGUGAUUGACAAGAAAGGAAAAGGAAUGGCUCCAGAAAAACCACUUAAUUUGGAUUAG